AUGGCUACCUACAUACCUCCAAAACCCUACUCACUUCCACCGUCUAGGGCUUAUGUGUCAUCAACAGUCAUUCCACCUGUUCGACCUGCAUCUUUAGACUCCAUAUCAACUGAAAGUUCAUGUCCAAACGCAGGAUCAGAAGAUUUAAGCGACUCUGAUCAGGCAACGAAUAUCGACGAGGACUCCCGUACCAAGCCGGUACAGCCUUGCCAUCGAGAAUCCAGGAAAGAAAUUGCUAAAGGGGGGGACUCAACCACCGAACCUCGGCGGAGUUGUACUCAAAGCGCUGGAAGAAAAAUUAUGAAAAGCUCCAGUUAUCGUAUAGAGACUGAAUAUCUCAAGAGUCCCGCCAUGCAUGCCUCUUUCAAGUUCGAUGAUGCCAAUUGGGUCAAAAUCAAAAAUUUUCCUGAAAGAAUCAAGGACGGCAUUCGAACACUCUUAGAAAAGGGUUGGGAGUAUGGUAUCCGAAAAGAAGGUCCAUGCUCGAAAUCCGAUAAUGGUUAUUAUUUCAAACUCAAGAAGAGACCAUUUGGUAGCGGAAAUACGUAUGUGGUGACUCGAAUGACACGCAACAUGGUUGCGUACUUGGCUUCCGAGGGUUGGAAAGUACAACCUGUUGCAUCAAUUUUAAAUCCAUACGACAACUUGAAUUUUCGAAAAUGUGCAAAGCCCCUCCCAAAAUGUUACUGGCUUGCUUUGACGUACGCGCAUGCUGGGAAGUGGUCUCUGAGAGAUCAUUUAAGCAUUUUGGGUGGAGCAGACGAACUCAUUGACACCAUCCGCCUUACCUUGCAAGAAAUGAAUCUUAUUUCAAGGCGCAAGAAGGAGCAUGGUGAUUCUGCGAAAAAUUGGCACCAAUUCUCCGUCAAGGGCUGCUUUCUCCGCUCUGGAGGCCCUGAAAAGAAAAAGACGAUGAUGCUCAGGAUUAUGGAGAGACUUGAGGAACGUGGUUGGGUCUUAUAUGUCGGCUGGCAUCGAAUCUAUCACCAACAGACAGAUUACGAACAGAGAAUUGGGACUUGGUUGUGUGUGAAGAGUCGUGAAUGGACGCCUACUAAUCCAGUGAAAAUUCGCUGGCAUAGUGAUUUGAAUUGA